GUCAGCGGCAUUGGUUGUGCCAACAAACUUUAUUAAAAAAUGCAACUCUGCCACCACAACUGGCAGCUGAUAGCAGUUUGGCAUAUGCCAGUCGUGCAAAAUUAAUAUACGGCUUUUAGCUGGGUUUUACUAAUUCAACGAAGCCAAACGGAUAUGUCUAAAGUAAAAGCGGACAAGCCUUCGCCUAAAGACGGCAGCAAAGCUGAAAACAGCGAUAAUGAGUCAAUAGACGACACGGCUAGUGUGGCCACAAGCACCACAUCACGCAGUAAAUCACCGGGCUCCAAAGGUCGCAGACAAAGCAGAGGCCAUAGCAAAUCGAAAGUGAAAAGACCUGCCUACAAAUAUGAUUGCCAUUUAAAGGAGGACCAUGGCCAGGCUAUAUUUGGUGUUGCCUUCAAUCAUUUUCUGGGCAAAGACCAACCAAUGAUUUUUGCCACAGCUGGCAGCAAUCGUUGUAAUAUUUACGAAUGUCCCCGCAAGGGAGGAUUGAAGCUCAUCAUGUGUUAUGCCGACCCAGAUCCUGAUGAAGUAUUCUACACCUGCAGCUGGUCCUACGAUUUAAAAACUUCGGUACCUCUUUUGGCCACGGCUGGUUACCGUGGUGUUAUACGGGUCAUUGACAUUCAUAAGAACGAAGCGGUUGGCAAUUACGUGGGCCAUGGCCAAGCCAUAAAUGAAUUGAAAUUUCACACAAGACAGCCUCAUUUACUUUUGUCCGGCAGCAAGGACCAUGCCAUUCGUUUGUGGAAUAUACAAACUCAUGUUUGUAUUGCGAUUUUUGGUGGCGUUGAAGGUCAUCGCGAUGAAGUUCUUUCCAUUGACUUUGAUUUACGUGGCGAGCGUAUCAUGUCCAGUGGCAUGGAUCAUUCUUUGAAGUUGUGGCGCAUAGACACACCUGAAUUUAAAGAGAAAAUAGAGAUGUCCCGCACCUUCAAUCCCAACAAGUCACAAUUGCCCUUCCCCACCAUAAUGCAGCAUUUUCCGGAUUUUUCCACUCGAGACAUACAUCGUAACUAUGUGGAUUGUGUUCAAUGGUUUGGAGACUUCAUUCUAUCGAAAUCUUGUGAAAAUUCCAUCGUUUGCUGGAAGCCGGGUCAACUUCAUCAAACACUGUCGCAGCUAAAACCCAAUGAUGCCUCAUGUACCAUCAUCAGUGAGUUCAACUAUGACGAAUGUGAGAUAUGGUUUGUGAGAUUCGGCUUCAAUCCCUGGCAUAAGGUAGUUGCUCUGGGUAAUCAAUAUGGCAAGGUUUAUGUAUGGGAGUUGGAUCCAUCAGAUCCCAGGCACACACAUUCCAGUACCUUAAAUAAUAUGCGGUGUACUUCGAUUGUACGGCAAACGGCGUUUUCUCGAGAUGCCACAGUGUUGGUGUGGGUAUGUGACGAUGGUACUGUUUGGCGUUGGAAUCGACGAAACGCGGAAGUACACACACCAUAAGUAUUCAUGUUAAUUGUUAAAUUAAAACAUUCUCCAAAAAUAAAUCUCUAAAAUUUAGCUUAGUGUAAAGACAAAAACAUGAGAUUUACAUUAUUUCGUAAUGGGCGAAGGAUUUUACUGCGAUUCAGUUCCUGGGCAAAGACAAUUUCUUCUUGUUGAAGACGUCUGGCCGAUGAAGAUGAUGAACUAUCGGAAGUACAACCAGAUGCUGUGCCUCCAGAAGU